CGCAUGCGUUUCGCGUCCCAAUAUGGCGGACCACAGCCUCCGGAUGGAAUUACUCUGUCGCAGUGUUUGAUUUGGGAAGAUGAUAACGCGCCGAAGGAAAUCUGAGUUUGACGGAUACUAGCCUUCACGAAGGACUGGCGUCGAAUCAUGAACCGUGAAAACUGCGUCGUCAUGUUCAUCUCCAUCUUCGCUAUGCUUUUUGCCAUAUCGAACGGCCAACUGAUGUCCAAGGAAUUGCAUCGGACUCACGCAGCUUCCGAGAGACCGAACGACCUCUGGUGCUACCAAUGCGACACGAUGGAUGACGGUGAGAAGUGCGUCGAUCUCGUUGGCAACCACAGUUCUCUGAUGCAGAAAUGCAAAGAUGAUAAGCGCAUUUGCACGGUGAAAAGGGUUUCGUACACAACGAGCACCGAGAAUUCAACUUCAAUACCAAUGAUGUGGUCCUUGGAGAGGAACUGUACAAACAAAUGUGAGGCUGGCUGCAUCGUGAUCGGAGAGCGAACAAAAUUGUACGCCUGCACAGCUUGCUGCGAGAAAUCACUGUGCAACACCGGAAAAGGAAGAGCAUCGGAUCUGUCGACAAACAGAAUAGGACUUUUCCCUGCUCUGGUAGUCCAAGGACUACUGACCGCCAUUAUGUAUCCAUCGUGACAGUUAAAAUAAACUAAAUUUCC